UUUAUGAGUUUUGAACUCGAAAACAUGAGUAACGAAGGCUUGCUAAUCGCCGCCGAAGGUGGGUACAAAUACCCGGACGGUACCACUUACAUAGGCUCCUGGAAUUCCGAUGGGCGACGCCAAGGAGAAGGCCACUUGCAACUCCCUGAUGGUACCAGAUACGAUGGUAUUUUCGAAAACGGAAUGUUCCACGGAGUUGGCGUUUUAUCAUUCCCUGAUGGCGCCAAAUACGAGGGGGAGUUUUUCGACGGGUGGUUCCAUGGGUAUGGAGUUUUUUGGAGAGCAGACGGCAUGAAACACGAAGGGGAGUUUCGCGGUGGAAAAAUUUGGGGUUUGGGUUUAACAACGUUCUCGGAUAAUACUCAUGGAUUUCCGAGGAACGAAGGAUUUUUCAACGAUUGUCAAAUGAAAACUUCUUCUCGCUGCCCUCAAGUAGUAAGAAAAGCUCAACGUGUAGCUUUCACGGCCAGAAACAGAUACUUAAAAACCUAA